CUAAUUCCAUUUUGACCGGGAAACACGAAAGGAUGUCGAAGGCAACAGCAGAGCUCGAUUUCCUCGGAGUGGAGAGGGAGACCUCCUCCUCCUCCUCCUCCAAGUCUCAGUUUCAAAAGCUUCUUGAGCCACAAAGAUCUUUUCGAGGUAUUCAAGGCGCCAUUUCGGGGAUAAACCCUCAGCUUCUUAAGAAUUUGAUCGACUCCGGAACUGGUUCUUCCGAAGGAAAACGGCAGGAACUUCUGUUCCCCUCGCCGUCGACUACAUAUGGAAAUCAAACCUUUCUUCCAUCUUUACCUGUUCUCAACCCUAUCUCUAGGUCUACUUCUGAAAUUCCACCAGAAAAUACUCGAUUAACCAUUUUCUAUAAUGGUACCGUCUCCGUGUUCGAUGUUCCUAGCGACAAGGCUGAGAAAAUCAUAAAACUUGCAGAAACCGAAUCGCCUAAUCCGAAACUCAUAGCUUCUUCGAGCGCCGAACCUCGGCUGUUCGAUAACCUUAACGGAGAUUUGCCGAUUGCUCGGAAAAAGUCUUUGCGGAGGUUUCUUGAGAAGCGAAAGGAGAGGUUGACUUCAGUGACACCUUAUGAAUCAAUUGGAACCUGUGGCGGUGGAAGUGGAGGUGGAGGUGGAGGAGAAGACAAGAAGGAUAACUAGUUCACCUGUAAUUCAUUUAUUAUAAGAGACUAUAGAUAAU